CAUCUCACCUACAACCGGAAAGCUUUUCACACAUAUACACACACACACACACACGGACCCAACAUGCGAACCCCACACUCGUAACACUUUAAUUAAAUAACUGUGUUUUUAUUCGUAUCACAAAGAAAAAAGUAAGGGAUUGUAAAAUUCACCAAACUUCCGUUUAUUGAAGGGGACAGAUGCAGAAAGGAAGAAAGGAAAAUAGGUCGGUUUCUUUGUGUAAGCGAUGUAAACAAUGGACCAGCGCGCCUGUGUGUGACGCCUCGCCGCCCCCUCAGGAGACCCAGAAGCCACCACAAUGUCAAAGAAAGUGGACGACAGUGAGUUGCAGACGCUCACUCUCUCUCCAACCAACACCAACGAUGAUGAGUCCUCGCCCUUCAUCAACCCUGCCAGUGAUGAGACUGCCUUCCCUAUCAGCCCCCCGCCAUCCUAUUCCUCUGUGACCACCUCAAGCAGUACCCUGACUGGGGAGAAAAGGAAGCUGGAGAGGAUGGCGAGUGCCCCAAGUGGUAGCUGCAGCAAGCCAGUCCCAGCACUGCGGGUAUCCACACCACCUGGCUCUUCCCGCAUCACCUACACUAAUGAACGGGCCAAUGAGAGGAAGAUGGACCUGAGCAAGAUUAUUCGAGAGCGCCCGACUCCGAGUGCUUCUAUCGGACAGAAGAAAGCCGCCCAACACCCACCAGACACCCCAAGGUACAAGGACUGCUCAGCAAGUCCAGGUAUGAAGGGGUUAGUAGUUAAUGCUCCAAACAGUAAGGCCACUAGCCUUCCCUGGGUGCGCUCCCCACCACCUCCGCCUCCCUUAGAGACUCAGGUGAGGCAGAAAGCCUCAACCAGUGGCACAGAUGUCACACCGUCUGGCGACCACUUCAUCUUUGCAAGCUCCACCCCGGUCAGCCCUGUGCCCUUGCUGCCCAUGCCUCCCAGUCGAGGCACCCCAAGCACAGUGAGGAGCGAGGCCUCUAGGGCAUGGCUGAACAGGUCAGGGAUGCGGUCUGGGCUGCGGUACAGGACGGGUAUGGAUGCCCGGAAGAUGGACCGUCCUGUUCAACAUCACACCUUCCUGGCAGAUGUGGCAGAUGUGCGGCAGAUUGAGCAGGGACUCUUGCAGCUAAUGGAGGACUUCCAAGCCGGCAGUCUGCGUGCUUUUGGGAAGGACUCGCGGCUGAGGCAGAUGGAGGCCAUACGGGAGCAGCAGGAACGCUUGGCACGGCUUCACUUUGACGUUGGAGCAGAGCAGGACCUUUACCCUCCACUGUCGGAAGAAGGACUGAGGGCUUCCCACAGCAAUAUGCACACUCUUAUGGAGAAACUGGCGCAACUCUCAGAAUCCAUCGAGCGACUCCACACAAACACCAGCAGCAGUGAGAGGAAGAGUGCCCCCAGCCACCUCUUUGCCCAGUGGAGCAGCACUGAUUCCCCUCCCAAGGCUCACCACCACCACCAUCACCACCACCACCACCACCAUGGCCACCACCACCAUAGCCACCACCAUGGUCACCACCAUCACCACCACCACCAUAGCAGUCACAACACUUCCAAUAAUAACACUACCUCCACUUUAACAGAGUCACUUAGUAGCUCCCAGCAGACCACUCCCACCAACACACACAAUGCCAACAGUAACUCUCCUGCCCCAGCCACCUCUGCUACCCAUCAUCACAAUUCCAGCCCAGGUUCCUCUCGGCUGUCCCAGGGUCAGCCUCCAGUGCCCCUCAGACUGAAGGGAACCAAUGGAAGUCCCUUCAGUGGCACAUCAAAAACAGGAAAAGUUGGGGAUUCCUGAUCAAUGCCUCUGUGCAGUGUUAAGGAGACUUGUGUCAUGACUUGUGGCUGAUGGUCUUGCUUUCAUGGAGAGCUACAAAUCCUCCACUCAUAUUCCAAAAAUAGCAUGAGUUUUUCCCCACUAUUUCUCAUUUUCAUUCUCUUUGUGUGUAUUCUUUUAUACACCGUGGAGUGUGAGGAAGAUAUAUUAAUCUUUGCUAAAGUUGUUGAUUAUAUAAAGGUAAAAUAGUUAAUCCUUGAGAAAUAUAAUAGCUCUAUUUUUAUUGAAAGUACUAUACACAUAAUAUUAGUACUCUGUGGUUUGGUAGAUCUUGGGACUCAUUGUAAGGACCAAGUGUGGCCCAUAGGGCAGUGUUUCCCUUGAGGAAAGAGAAAAGGUGGAAAGAUUUGUUCCUGGUGGAGGUGUGUUGGUACCCUGGCAUAUUGCUCAGGCUGCCAUCCAGACAUCCAUCCAUCCAUCCACUGGGAAAUGGACUCCAUGAACAGGUGUAGCCAUGGACAAAAGUCAAGUAAGCUUCUGCACUUAUUCCCAUUGUGUUUGGUGCCUUCUCUCUGUCCUCAGUUUUUUUUUUCUGGUGACAAACUCACAACAAAACUUGAGUCCUGUCAGAUUCCCAAGAGCUCAGAAGGCUGAACAUUGAAAUAAAACACUAAGCACAAUAGGAGCAUGUGUGCUGUAUUAAUUGACCUCUGUCCAGGACUGUAACCCUCAUCACCAUUUACACCUUUACCCAUAAUGCCAUUCUGUGCUGAAACACUAUCCAUCUAUUUAUCUAGAUGCAUAUGUACUAAGCUAGCAUAUCCACCGAGGGGACUGCAGUGUAAAACGAGACAAGCCCACAUUAUUAUUGCCCUGUGUGGGAUUUAAAACUAGGUUCUCUCUUUUAUCUUAUUGCCAGAUUGGGUACUGGUGAGUCUGUUGCUGCUCGUCCCUGGUGACUUGAGACGAAGUGUUGGCUGUCGGGUCUGUGAUGCUUGUGUUAAGUACUGAUAGAGAUUUAUUCUGUCGAGACGUAUUCAUUUACUGUUAAUUGCAUUUAUAAUUAAUAUACAUUGGUCAGCAUUCUUUGUGCUUUAAGUUUGUGUAUAUUGGUAUGUGCUAUUUUAUAUACAUUAUCAACUUUUUUUUUUCUGCUGAUAGUUUUUAUUGUAGGAAGUUUGUAGUUUGCUAAGUAGUGAGAGUAUUCUAUUUGCAAAGCAUUUCAUUCCAUAUGUUUCAUUUAUAGAGAGGACUGUACUGUGACGUUAAAACUGGAGUCAGGACUAGGGGUGCAUGUUUCAUAGUUGUCAAGGCUGUUACCUGAGGUUCCCUAACAAAUUCUUACCUUCAGCUGGUGAUGGGGUCUUUGAGUGAGGUGUUGGCAGCUUAUGUAUGUCAGGAGUCACUCAUAUAUUUCCCUCCUGAUAUCAAUCCUCUAAAUUAAACUCUGUGUAUCUUAUUUGUUAGUUUGAGGGGUGAAGUCAUCCUAACAUGAAAUUCAGAUUUUAGUUGCAUUUUCACAAGACAGCAAACAAUAUUGACUCAAGCUGGUUAUGAAUAUUUCCUUGGCUGGUUUUACUAUGCCUGCUUAAAUCUUGCAUAUAUCAUGUUUGUCAUUUGUUACCUUUUAUACGGGGUUUUUUCUCAUGAUAUCGCUGUGAAGAGCAUUGUUGUGUAAUGAUGAGGCAGGUUUUGCAGAGACUGGUGAAGUGGGUUGAUCUAGUCAUUGACAAGGAGUGAUCUGGUCAACAUAGAAAUUUUGUCCACUAGUCUGUAUGUUUAUGAAUGAAGUUAUUGGACCAAGCUCAGACAAAUAAAGGGAAUAGCUGGUAGGAAAACUAAAGGUGAAUGAAGAGUACUAUAUAUUCUCUAAGAUUUCUACAAAAGGUCUUUUCAGAGAGAAUAUAGCAGAAAUGUCAAAAUUAGUCAUGAGUAUACUAUGUAUGUAUACUUCCCUUGCAGUGGAACAUGUUGCAAGAUUUCUUGAGAUGUUAGAGAAUAUACAUAAUACUCUUUCAGCCCAAGUCUUCUGUCAUCUUUCUUACUCAUUUGUCUCCUCAGUGUCCAUUGUAUAGCAUAUAUUAUUAUAUCAAAAUGUUGAAGAGUAAUCUUAGGUGCACUAUGUUAGAAGUUUUUAUGUAAGGUAAAUGUAAAGUUAUCCAUUUAUCAACAGAGGGAAAUGUCUGUCCCAAGGUCUUUCCUGUUCUCAUGAAGUCACAUUGGGUAUUUUAUGAUGUUAUAGUAUUUUAUUUAUUUAUUUUAUUUUAUUUUUUUAUGAAGACCUUGAAAGAGAUGAAAUAAAAAUGCCUUAUGUAGC